UUUCAGCAGUAUCAAAGAGUCUGGAUCUAACAAGGUAAUAAUCAAGAAGAACUAACAAGAAGAUCUGUACUGCACCAGCAGGAAAUGUCUAGUCUACAGAGGAAUACUCUACUGUACAGACUUCAAUGCUUGCUUCAAGAGAGACCUCAUUCAGAAGCUGUAGUAGCAUAUGACGAGGAAUUGCAGAGAUCAAGUUGGACCUACCAGCAAUUGUUCAAUAUAGCUUCAAGAUUUGCUCACAUUCUGAAAAUGUCCGGUGUUAAAAAAGGAGAUUACGUACUGAGCUCACUACCUAACUGUCCAGAGGCAGUGGUAACGACACUUGGGGUGAUGUUAGCAGGGGCGGUCCAUGUACCUGUCGAAGUGUUUAUGAACAGUGGAGAGACCUUCUUUGACGUGGCAGAAAGGACUCGUGCCAAGUUCAUGAUCGUCUCAGACAGCGAGUUAGAUCAUAACUCAAAACUUAUAGCCAGUUCUAUAGAGUGGACAGCAAGCUCAAUUACUGGACUUUUCAAAGGAGAUAACCCUAAAUUAAAACACCUACAAACAAUGUUUCACAUAGAGCGGAGUGAAAACUGUGAUGCGAAAAUGGAUUUUUUCCAACACAUGGCAAGCCAUGAGAACACCUUCCUAUGUGAAGUAGCAGAAGAUGACCUCUGUGCUGUAUUCUGUACUGCUAGCUCGAGUCUAUUGGUGUGUUUAGUUGGACAUACUCAAGGGGGAAUCAUCAAAGGAUGUCAAGCCUUUAGAGACAGCGUCUCGUGUGAAGACAAUUAUCUCAACUGCGGCCCUACCUCGUGGCUAACGUCCAGCCCUGGAGACUAUUUGGUCUGGAGGAGCACGAGGGUUUUACUGGACAGCUGGCAUCCUCUCAAAGUCAAAAGUAGGGCCCGGCUUCUGGCUGAGAUCAUUGAGAACGAGAAGGUUGGCACCGUGUUUCUGACGCCCAUGGAAGUGGAGGACGUCGUGAGAGAGUGGUGCCCACGUCUGCUUCCAAUGAGCAAACAUCUCAUUACAGGUGGUAUGCCUGUAACUGAGAAGCUAAUCAAUAGCGUACAACCUGCUUUUACAAAAGUUACCGUUCGCUAUGGCAUAACUGAGACAGGAGACAUAAGUACUAAUACAAUGGAGUCUGGCAGUACUUUUAAAUCCUUUGACUGUGGGACAUGUAUCAGAGGCGUUCAAGUUCGACUUGUCGAUGCCGAUUUCAAAGACGUUGCCCCAGGUCAAACAGGUCGACUCCUGUUCAAAAGUCCUGGGAUGUUUGGUAAAUAUGUAGGUCAACCUGAAUGUGAAACUUUGGACAAGUUUACGUCCGAUGGCUGGUUCAUCUCUGGAGAUGCUGGUUGUAAGCAAAUGAAUGGGCAUUUGUUUGUGAUGGGUAGAUCAGACACCAUGAUACUCCAUAAUACAUUCAACAUCCAUCCAUCUUGGAUAGAGAAAGAUCUACGAACUCAUCCUGCUGUGAAAGAGGUUGUCGUGGUACCUGUGCCAGACGAGGUCAAUUUCCAAAACAUUUGCGCAUGCGUCCUACGCCACGAAGGAAGUGACGCCAACGAAGAGGACAUCUUGACUCACUACAGAGACAUCUAUGUGGCCCAAGAAGGAGACAUGUUUAGCCCAAACUACAUCCUUUUCUUUGACUCUUUCCCUGUACAGCGGAAUGGACAAACGGACAGGAGUCAACUAGCAGAACAGGCUACAGCCACAGUACAGACUUCCAAACUAGCCAAGAUAGCAACGAAUAUUGUCAAACAUUUCACAGAUUCCAAUGGAGUACAUUAGAUGUACCUGUAGAUGCUUAUUUAGUGCAUGAAGUAAGCAUUAUUUGGCAUGUCUUGUCAUUCGUGUAGUGAAGCAUCUUAAACUUACAUUUAUAUGUUUAACAUUAUGUCACUUUACACAAACGAUUAGAUUUAUGUACUUUUAUAAUCCCGUAUUUGUCCUAGGUAGGACUUGUAUGAAGUAUUAUUUUCAAGCAUUAAUAGUAGUGUUAGCAUCAGGAGUAAAAUUAUAAUAUCUUGAUUCAAUUGAAGGACUGUUUUUAUUUGUUGAUAACUCUCUUGUAACCUUGUUGAUUUCAUAUAAUGAAUACAGAAUUAGGAAUUUUAACAUUUUAUUUAAUGUUUUUAAAACGAAUUUUAGAAAUACAAAAUAAUUAACACUAUCCACGCAUGAACAGAUAUAUCAUUAUACAGAGAAAGGGAGGUCACUAGGAAUUGACUUUGUCGUACAUAUUUUUUUUGUUAUUUCCCCUACCAUUUCAGUACUCACAACCAAAUACACAUUGGUGAAGUAUAGCUUUGUUCUUCGAGAUGAAAUCAAUAUACACAUGAUAAAUAUUGUGUAAUCUAUGAAAUAUUUGUACAUCUAUUUAUACAUGUUUUAUUUUACUAAGUCAAUGAAAGCAAAUGCAUGGUCACUGCAAGAUGAAAUGAUCAUUAAACAUAGGAAUAAAAAUA